AUGGCCGGACCAGAGAGGAAAGAGACGAUCCAAGCCAGACGGCACCGACUUUCCGUAAUCCCCCGUGCAUGUGAGGCGUGUAAGAUACGCAAGGUUCGCUGUGAUCGCUCCGUCCCUUGUUCGAAUUGCCGUUUGUCCGGCAUCACCUGCGAACAGGCCACUCCUAGACCUAGGUCGGAAACUCGUCCUAGACCGGAGCAAGACCUGCAGGAGCAGAUCAAGUGCCUAGAAGAGCGACUUGGUUCGCUGGAACAGCAGUUGAAAGCUCAACGUAGUAUAUCGGAGCAUCGCAGAAAUACUGUGCCCAAUGAAGUGCCGGCUGGGAGUGAGGAAGCUGUACCGCAACCGACCGGCAAUGCUUGUGUAUAUGAGGGUAUCUCUUCGUUUACCAGUCAGUCUCUCCUAGCAAGCGAUGUUGCUCAGAAGACAGCCAAUUCGGAAGGUGCCGGAGAACAUUCGGAUCUCAAGUCCUCGUUGGACUAUCUGAAGACACUGCUCCGGACACCAACAAGAUCCUCUCACGCAACAGAGUAUCGAAUGUCUCGAGCUCCUGCAGCACGGUCCUUACCCACGAUGGACCAUUUAUUGCCCCUCAAUCUUAUCAUUGCCCUUCUACAAGAGAUAAAGGUGAACCGUCCGAUAUUCCUUUGUUCAUAUGCGAUAAACGAUCGAACCUUGGUCGAGCGCCUUUGCCAGAGGGUCUAUUUCCCGACAGAGCCAAUCUCAACGGGUCACCUAGCCGGCAUGCACGGAAUCAUUCUUACUCUCCUGAAAGAAUUUACGAUUAUGGGAAACCCCUUGUGUCAAAAGUUUGACCUCAAGGCGCAUAUUUCCACGUGUGAACAAAACUUCAAUACCUUGGUCGAGUCGUACGAUGUUUUGGCAAUUCCUAGUUUUGAAAGCAUAUUCGCACUGAUCAUGGGGUUCAUAAAAGCGCAGGAUGAAACCAAGCCAUUGCUAUGUUCUACUUUCAUCUCUGCAGCUGCUAGCCAUUGCCAGAUGCUCGGGUACCAUCGUGAAAUAACGUAUCGCGGUGAUAACACGGGAAAUUCGGAGAAUAUGCGGCGACUAUUCUGGACUACAUACGUCUUUGAGAAGCAUAUGUCGUUGUACUUUGGGCGAGCUUCGAACAUGCAGGAUUUCGAUAUUGAUGCACAAUACCCGGCCAUCACCACAGACCCUGCGGUCAGGCCGUGGGAUGCGUCCUUUGUCAUGGGGAUUCGACUAGCUAAAAUUCAAGGGGAAAUAUAUGACCAACUCUAUUCCGCAGAGGGCUCCAAGAAUCCUCAUCCGGAACGAAUGCAACGAGUACACAGACUAGCAAUUAACAUUCAACAAUGGUACACUGAGUUCAAGGAGAUCGAUGCAAGCAAAGUAAACAACCAUCACAUAUUCAAAAUAACCAGAGAUAGCUGGGAUAUACUAUAUUAUUCGACCUUCACGUCGCUAUUGCGCGCACCGAUCACAUCAGGUGCUGCAUGCGCCGAGCUUAGCUCACAGUGCUUUCGGGUUGCGCGUCUUAGCUUACAGAGCCACCUACGCUGCUUUGGAAAUUUCCAGAACUCUAGCUUCCACUCCAAGGCCGAUUAUGCUAAUUGGGUUCUGCUAUUUUCUUCCUUCACACCUUUUAUCGUCAUAUUUCUGCACGCUAUCGCAGCAACCAGUUCUGACGACAUCCAACUACUUUACGAGGUAGUUGACAGUCUGCAGCACAUCCGAUAUGUAUCACCUAGCUCAGAGCGUCUGUAUCAAAUUUGUUCCACCUUCUUGCAGAUUGCCAAGGGCCUGGUUAAAACAAGGCAAUCAUGCGUGGGAGCCUACAACCCGCUAGAAGACAGUCUACAGUUCGCGACAGAUGCAGGCCCGAUGUCGAUCUUUGAACCUGAUUGCCUGCAGGGUCUCUUCGGAGCGGAUACGUCAGAACACGUCCCUUACUUGGCGGAUCACGAUAUGUGUGCGAUCUUUGACUCUUGGGCCACUGGAUUGCCUGCUGGGAUGAAUUUAUUUGGGGGUAAUAUCGGAGGAAUAUAG